CAGGCGUGUUGCUGCACACACACCACGCCGGCGUUAACGUGUUUUGCACGCGCCAUGCUUCUUCUCUUACCUGUAUGAUGAGCAUGCACAGCGUCCUGACGCGACCUUCUUCUACCCCAGCUCUUCCACCUCCCCGCGCACUCCUCCAAGAAUACACCGUCGCGUCUCUAUAGCAUAGCACUCGCGCCACCCCUCACCGUCGCGUCUCAGUCUACCUGCGUACCCUCUCAUACCAGCAUGCCAAGGAAACGUCGCUCUCUACAGUCUCUGUUCUCCUCGCCUAGCGCGUUCCUGCAGGCUCCGCUCCCUGACUGUCCGUCGACACCUAGUAGUUCCCGGGCGAGCUCCCGGGCGCGCUCCAACUCGGCUGCCACCACCGACACCUAUGCCUCAUCGUCAUCGUCAUGCGUUAGCAGCAUCUCUUCGCUACUCGACCUUCCGCUUCUCGAUCUACCCGCCACUCCCCCGCGGUACUCGCCCCCUCCCGAUCUGCUCGACGAUGACCCCUUCGCGAACCUGUCACCAGCGCCUUCUGUGCGGCGUUCGCGUCCGCCAUCACUCGUGUUGACGGGGAUCGACGCGCGAACGAUCGCUGACGACACGCGUUCGCUCCCUCCGAGGUCGCCACUCGCGGCGGAUGACGCGUCGUCCACCACUGGUUCUCUUGUUUCUUUGCCUGAUGUGUUUUCUGCGCCACCCGUGACGCCCACGAAGUCGCGUUCAAGGUUCCGUAUACCACGACCAAAGUCUUCGAACGGUCCUGCUUAUACCAGGCCUGCGUUCCCACCUAGGCCAUCGUUACCCUCACUCAGUACGCUUGCGCGGUCACAUGUACCCCUUCCCAAGGUGAGUAAAUGUGGCGAAGAGAGGUAAGCAUAAUCGACUGAGCCGUUCAUUAACUCAGGUACGCAAGGGACGGGUGGGAGCCCAGUUGCCUGCAGAGCCGUGGAAUGAGAGCGAAGGCGAGCA